GCAAUGGAAAUUUGUCGUCUUAAAGAUGAGGUGGAUGCAUUAAGAGAAACUAAUGCAUUGCUCAAAUCAUAUGAAUCCACUGUUCAAUCAUACAAAAAGAAAUUAGAAGAUCAUGGUGAUUUGCGACGUCAAUUAAAAAUUCUUGAAGAUAAAAAUCUGGAAUAUAUGCAGCAAAACAUAGAAUUAGAAGAAACAGCCAAGAAACAAAUGGCAUUAAAAACUCAAAUUGAAGUUUAUAAAAAACAGUUGGCACAUGCUAACGAAAAGCUGGAGACAGAAAUUUCGAAGUCCGAUCGGUUAGAAUUUGAAAUUGUUGGUUUGAAUACGAAAAUUAGUGUACUUCAAAGAGAAAAGGAAACUUUACUAUCUGAACGAGACUUGCUGAAAGAAACUUGCGAAGAACUUCAGUAUGGUCCAUGUGUUAAAACCGAUGCGCUAGCGGAUACAGUUUCCAAGGAGCUUAUAUCUCCAGCCACUAAAAGAUUGAUGGAAACGGAUAAUAAAAUUUCAAAAGAAGAAGGCGACCAUGCAGCUAUGCAGGUUUUGCUGGAUGAAUCUAAUGUAAGAAUAGAUCAUUUGAGAUGCCAGCUUCGAGAGGCAAACCAGAAAAUCCUCGAGUUGCAAAGCUUAGUUCAAGGAAAUCAACUUGAGGUGGAUGUGAAGUUGAAACAGUCGGAUGAACUUGAUAAAGACAAAAGUCAGCGCUUGGAAGAAUCUUUUUCACAAAUUGUUGCAUAUCGUCAAAAGAUCACAACAUUGCAAGAAACUCUGUCUCAGAAAGACGCCGAGAUAUCAGCAGCUGAUGAAAAAUACCGGCGGUGCAUAGAAAAGGCUAAGCAAGUGAUUAGAAGUAUAGAUCCUAAAUAUGGUAAUUAUUUAGGUGCAAAUGCAAAUACUGCUAAAAUGUCGUCGAUUGAAAUGGAAACUAGAAUCAUAGUAUCAGCAUUUCAUCGAUUGGGAUUAGUUUGUCACAGAGAAGUAUUGGAUCAGAGAUUUGCACAAAUUAGUCAGAGUCAGAGCUUUCUAUCUAGGCAACGCCAACCUAUAUGCCGCAAAUCUAUUGAAAAUUACAGAAAUAAAUAAGAAUUACAUGGUCUUAGCAUGGAA